GCUGCAUUUACGAAGCCUUCUGUGCACAAAACGGAAUUAGAAACUAUUCUUUCCCAAAUAUAUAAUGUGUUUCUUUUUGUUAACAUUUGGAUUUCGAUAAUUACUGUUCAUAGUAGAUCGAAAGGCAUAGAAAAACUAUUGGAGAAUAUAUAUAUGCUGGAAAUUAAGAAACCAAAUAAAUAUAGACAUUUUUCGUUUCCAAGAAUAUCCUGGGAAAUUUUCUGGCUACUUUAUAUUGUAGUAAUCGAUUUCAUUUUAUUGAGUAUGGAGAUUUGUAUGAACCUCAAUAUCAACCCUACACUUGGAGACUUGCUUUCUUCUUCUAUGUUUUAUUUGCAUUCAGUCGUUUCUAUUCAACUACAACAGUUCUAUGUCACAAUCCAAUCAAUUCUUUUAUAUUAUUCGAGAAUGUUCAAUUAUUUGUUCACAAACAAGGAUAUCUGUCAUGGAAAAAUUAUUGAUAUCACUAGAUUUGAUGACUUACUCCGUUCUACCAUUUCAGAAUUCAGGGAAGCUUUCUCAUCUGUCAUUUUGAUAAAAUGUGUUUUUAUUUCGAGCAGCUUUUUGAUGAUGAUAUUAUGUAAUUUAACUGCAGAGUUAUACAAUGAAACUUUUUCCCUUUAUAUUUCUAUUCGUAUUUUCAUCGUUUGUUGGUUCUUGAGUGAAGUAUCUACGAUUCUAAUUGUGAUCGUGUACAAUGUUAAAAUUGAAAAACAGAUGAAUAUUAUAGAUGAAAAUAUUCAGAAUUUGCAGAUACAAAUAGGGCACAAAUAUUUACAGCAUAAAAGCGUGGAGUUAUCCCUACUCAAUGCAAGAAUGAACAAAUCGAAAUUUUUCAUUUUUGGAUUUUUUCCUUUGGACUGGAGUUUGGUCUAUGGCAUGGUAGCUGAAAUAUCUACGUAUUCGGUUAUUAUAAUUCAAUUCCGAGAGAUGGAGAUGAAGAAAUCAUGAAAUUCAAUAAUUUAAAUUUCAUCACGUCCUGAUGAUUGUGAAUCACAAUAAUACUAGAUAUUCCCAUAUUCAAUUUAACACUUCUGGCACAAUGAUUGCUUUCAGUGUCAUAUUUCUCUUAUAAUUAUAAUUAUAAAUUUCAAUAUUAGA